AUGUGCCGCCAUUUUAUUGAAUUGAUGCUCGACCUUCUAAGGAGGAUCAAUGAAAUAGAGAAGCAAAGAGAGGAAUUUGAAGUUGCAGUAUCAAGAUUGGAGGCAAAAGUUGCUAAGUUGAAGGCAACAAGUAAGUAUUUAGGACUUCCACUGGUCAUAGAGAGAUCAAAAAGGCAGGUAUUUGAUUUCAUUCGACAGAAGACUGUUAACAAACUUAAAGGUUGGAAGGAAAAGCUCCCGAGCCAAGCUGGUAAGGAGGUAUUACUUAAAUCUGUGGUUCUAGCACUCCCUACUUAUGUAAUGUCCUGCUAUAGAUUGCCAAAGGAACUAUGCAGAAAUAUAUGCUCAGAGAUGGCUAGAUUCUGGUGGGGUCAGAGGGAGGAUGAAAGGAAGAUUCAUUGGAUCAAGUGGAGUAGGAUGACUGAUAUCAAGUCAGAGGGGGGACUUGGCUUUAGGGACCUGCAGGAUUUUAAUAUGGCUCUACUAGGAAAACAGCUAUGGAGGAUUCACACGAGACCAGAUCUUCUAAUGAGCAGAAUAAUAAAGGCAAAAUAUUUUCCUGGGAAGCCUAUUUGGGAGGCACAGCAGAGGGGGACUGAUUCUUGGUGCUGGAAGAGUCUACUGAGUGCUAAAGGUUUACUGGAAGAAGGGAUGAGAAUAAGGGUAGGGGAUGGUGCCAACAAUUAA